AGUUCUCAAAAGGAAUAAUAAAAAGCAUAAGAAAAGCAACAUGGCUGUAAUUUUCCCGUUGUAUUUUGCCGUAAUGGCAGGAGUAUUUAUUAAUACAAUCGCGACAGACGAUUAUUGCGAUGUAAAAACAUGUAAAAUUAAAGGGCCUCAUACAAUGUGUACUUACACCUCAUCGAAACCAUCGGCAACAUGUAAACAAGUAAAUAAAGUUGGCGUUACUGAUGAAGAUAUAGACACAAUAUUAACUGUACACAAUAAACUGAGACAAAAAGUUGCAUCGGGUAAAGAAUAUAGAGGAAAUCCUGGUCCGCAACCUAAGGCAGUUAGCAUGCCAAAGUUGAGCUGGAAUAAAGAAUUAGCAAACAUUGGACAAAGGUGGGCCAAUCAAUGCAUUUACAAUCAUGAUGCAUGUAGAGAUAUAGAUAAAUUUCAAGUUGGUCAGAAUAUAGCCCAGUCAUAUUCUUCUAAAGAAAACAAUUCCACUAUACAAAAUUUUAUUGAAGACGUAUGGUACGAUGAAGUAAAAAAUUUUGAUGCAAAUAAAGUUGACCAGCCAUUUGAAAUGCAAGUGGAGACAGGUCAUUAUACCCAAAUAGUCUGGGCUACAACAACAGAAAUUGGUUGCGGAUUUAUAAAGUAUAAGGAUACAGCAUGGCAUAGGAGCUGUAUGGUUUGCAAUUACGGUCCAGCAGGAAAUAUAAAAAACGAGAGAAUGUAUGAAAUUGCAAAUUAAGUAAAUCUGACAGAUUAGAAAUGUAAUAAAAGAAGUGAUACUGAAGAAAAUAGGAAAGCAAACAAAAAGCUAUAAUAUGCGUUGUCAAUAAAAACAUACAGUUGCAACUGCAUAAUAAUAUUAAU